AUGGCUGCUGUUGAUAUGGCUGCAGAUGGUAUGGCUGCUGUUGAUAUGGCUGCAGAUGAUACAGCUGCUGAUGUAUUCGCCGCUGAUGGUAUGGAUGUUGAUGGUAUGGCUGUUGAUGGUAUGGAUGUUGAUGUUAUGUCUGUUGAUGGUAUGGAUGUUGAUGGUAUGGCUGUUGAUGGUAUGGCUGUUGAUGGUAUGUCUGUUGAUGUUAUGGCUGCUGUUGAUAUGGCUGCAGAUGGUACAGCUGCUAUUGGUAUAGCUCAUGAUAUAUCUGAUGAUGUUGCCAAUGGUAUAGUUGCUGAUAGGUCUGUUGAUGGUAUGGCUGUUGAUGGUAUAGCUGCUGAUGGCAUGGCUGCGUUUGUUGGUUUGGUUGAUGAUGGAAUGUCUGUUGAUGGUAUGGAUGUUGAUGGUAUGUCUGUUAAUGGUAUGGCUACUAAUGGUAUAGCUGCUGAUGGUAUGGCUGUUGAUGGUAUAGCUGCUGAUGGCAUGGCUGCGUUUGUUGGUUUGGUUGUUGAUGGUAUGACUGCUGAAAAUAGAUGUGUAGAUGUUAUUGGUUUGGCUGCUGCUGAUGUAAUUAAUGAUGAUGUGGUUGCUGUUGAUAGUUUUCGCUGCUGA